GGCCUGUAGCCCUCAUCAAUCUACUCCCAGCUCUUUUCUUUCUUUCCUACCAAUGAAGAAACUUUUUGGGCGCGACAAAGUGAAACAGCAAAAGGUGAUCUCGCACAGAGAUGUCGACGUUGUCAUCGACGAUGAUGCACUACUUGUACGCCCCAAACGACCUUCAGAGGACCACCGUGACUGGGAGGUGCUAUCUGAGCCCCCUGUCCCUUCUAGUCCGUAUCCUCAGUUUGCAGUGCCUCCGAUGUCACCGAGCCGCUCGUCUUCCCUAGCUUCGAUUCCACCUGUAAUAUUACCCGCGCGUUCCAGCAGUCCAUACAGCGCUACAAGUCACACCACCACUGUACCUACGCCCACGCCCACACCCACGCCUACGCCCACCCCUCAGACUAACCCAAACCCAACCCAUACUGUGCGGAGAGACGGACGCAGGAUCCAGAAGCCACAGGCCGUGCCUGCUGCACUUGGUAUACUGAAGUCACUCGAUCCGCAUCUGGAGCAUGCCUUGCAACAGACGCACCCGCACCAUGUUCACGAAGUACCAGACGAUUCUUUUCCAGUUGAACACAGGGACAGGGCAGAGAAGAAGGAGAGGAAGAGUUUCUGGGAUGGGAUUAUCAGGGACAGGGACAGGGACAAAGACAAGGACAAGGACCGCGGACGUGAUAAAGAGCGUGAAACUCGUGAGAAGGAAAAGGAAAGAGAAAGGGAAAGGGACAAAGAUGGACGAGAUCGCAUUUGGCGCGAGGAAGACAAUCCCUCAGAGCUGACGCGUAUGAUCGGGUACCUUACGGCGACCUCAUCGGAGGACUGGACACUUGUGCUCGAGGUCUGUGAGCGUGCAUCUGCUACUGAAGCAAAUGCCAAGGAGGCUAUGAAAGCCCUUCGGAGGGAAUUCAAAUAUGCAGAGCCUAAAUCUCAAUUAUCUGCUGCUAGGUUAUGGGCAAUAAUGCUCCGGAACGCGUCCGAUAUCUUUCUAACUCAGAUCAGCUCCCGUAAAUUCAUUGACACCCUGGAGGACGUGUUAACGAGCUCAAGAACAAGUCCUGUCGUCAGAGAACGACUAAUGGAGGUACUCGCAGCUGCCGCCUUCAUCACUAACUCACGUCCCAACCCCUCGCCCAAAUCUGAACCAUCGCCUUUCUCGCUUAAAGAUCGCGACCGUGAUAGGGAUGGUUUCCGUGCCCUGUGGAUGCGAUUGAAACCCACUGAUAAGCCCGAUGUGGGGGUUCCCUUCGAUACCGAAGAUGCUAUGUUUAGCCCCCCUAUAGUGCCUACGCGUCCACCAAUAGAGGAGCGGCCGUCGAGGAAGAGUCUCCACCAACGCGGUGUCAUUCCUCCAGAAGAGGACAUGAAGCGCCUAUUCCAGGAAUGCAAGAUCGCGAAAGGAAAUGCGACUGUCCUUAGCGAGAUGCUUGCAUACGCGAAACCAGAACAAAUGGAAGGGAGCCUGGUACCGGAAUUUUUGGCGAAGUGUCGCGGGUCGCAAGAACUCAUAUAUACCCAAAUUCCGUGGGCAUCUGCAGGCGCUGAACGGUCGCGCAAUGAGCGAGAAAGGAAUGCAGAAGGAAAUGGACGUACGAAAUCGCAGCCUGAUAUCCAAUUCAGUUCUCCGCCGAGUCGAGAUUACCAUGGCAUGGACGCUAACUUUUAUCUUAAUGCAGAGGGAGAGGAACAAACUUUGGAGGAGGAGCUUCUUGGCGCAUUGCUUGAUGCGAAUGAGGCAUUGAUUGGGGCGUUGAGAAUGUAUGAUGAUAUCAUGCGGGUUGUGGAGGAGCAGGUGGCUGUAGAGAUCAGUAGGCGGGAUGUGAAGAUGGACCGAAGACACAUGGAAAAUGAGUACCUCGGUGACUCUUAUCCUGAUUAUGGAGGCGGCUCCUCACGCACACCGUCACCAAUGCCAUCACCACCUGGUUCGCCCCGCCAACACGACCUACCUCCCGUUGUUCCCUCACAAACCCACCCACUUCCUCGGGUCCCUCCUGCGCUCUCCCCUGCCCAUUCGUACUAUAGUUCUCCACCGCAGAAUAUGAGCACACCAACACUACUUGCACCGCCGCCUCCCCCCGUGGGUCCUCGUUCUCCUGCAUUCCCGUCACGCCCACCCUCACCAGAUAGGGGUGGCCUUGUGCGUCCGUCAAGGGGGAACUCACUGGAAAAUACGGGUGGUGCUUUGGACCGGUUGCACAUGGACGAAAACGAUGUGGAGGAAGAAGAGGUCAAAUCUCCCAUACGACCAAGCGCGAAGGCGCUUGGGAAGAGGAGGAUCGUGGAAGAAGUCGAUGAUGAACAACACGACUCGAGUGAUUUGUACUACAAGCCAAGGCGUGAAUCGGUUGUAUUUGACUCGGAUGAGGAGGUACGCGGCGGGGAUCAUGCUAAUGCAAUGUGGCCUCGAAGACAGCCUACGCAGUUUGUAUAUGACGCGGCUGCUGAGCGCACGGCGCAACAUCUGCGGGAGGGUAGGGUGAAUGUUCAAGUUGCUGCAAAUGGGGUUCAUUAGGGUCUUUGAUAAUUGUGGUCCUUUUAAUCGGUCUCGAACUUCAAUUGAAGUGUGGUUAGAGGAGCUGUUCAUUUUAUUUCGUUCUUCAUCAUAUCAUGUUCAACCAAUUUGUACGCUAGCUUCUGUAGUAGUCAAUCAUCCAACCCUGCUAUUUAUGUUUUUUGAACUGUCCU